AUCAUACUGGUUAGUUUUAUCAGUGCAUUCACUAAAAUAAACCGUGUAAUAUGUGACAAAUAAUAAUUAAUUGAUUAUAAUUUCAACCCACACUAUAAUUUUAAAAAAUGAAGGUGUUGCAAGUGCUUCAUAUUUUGGUUUUUGUCGGGAUAUGUGAAUCGGCUAGAAUAUUAGCUGUAUUUCCGCUUCCUUCAUAUAGCCAUCAAGCCGCGUUUCGACCAUACACGCAAGAAUUAGCAAAACGUGGGCACAAAGUUACCGUCAUAACGACACACCCAGCUUUUUCUAAGAAAGAAUUACCUGAUAAUCUUACAGAAAUAGAUAUAAGUGGACCAGGUGAAGAAGUGAGAACAGAUAUUUUUUUGAAAUUAGAUAAAGCAAAUAGCUUAUUAGAACAACAAGCAAUAGGUAUUAAAUUCUUAAACGUAUUAAUGAAAAAAUGUUUAGAUUCUGGUUUACUAGAUCAGUAUUUAAACAAUAAGGUGCAUAAAUUCGAUUUAGUUGUAGUGGAAGCUACAGCGACACAAGCAUUAGUAUUUUCGCAUGUUUUUAAUGCACCUGCUAUUCAAAUCAGUUCAUUUGGUGGAAACUAUGGGACGUUUGAAGCAGUAGGAGCUUCAUCUCACCCUUUGAUAUACCCAUCAGCAGCAAGGCAAAGAUUUCAAGGUCUUACAAUAUGGAAUAGAUUGUUGGAGUAUUUUUCUCAUUACUACCUUAUGUGGACGUAUUACGAAUCUGAAAAGUACGACGAUAUUUUGCUUAAGGAAUACUUUGGUCCUGAUACCCCAGUAAUGGCCAAGCUAAAACAUAAUAUUGCUCUAGUAUUACUAAACAUACAUCAUGUUUGGGAUGCUAAUCGGCCUGUUCCACCCAAUGUGGUGUACCUCGGCGAAUUGAAUCAAAAUAAAAGAAAAGAGUUACCAAAGGAAUUGAAAGAGUAUCUAGAUUCAUCGAAAAAUGGAGUAAUAUAUGUGAGUUUUGGGACAAAUGUCAAUAGAGGUAUACUCACACCUGAAAAAUUAAAAAUUAUGAUAAAAGUAUUUCAUGGUCUACCGUAUGACAUUUUAAUGAAGAGUGACAACACAACUGAUAUGAAUUCAUCAAAAAAUAUCAGAAUGUUUAAUUGGAUUCCUCAAACUGAUGUGCUACAUCAUCCUAAACUUAAAUUAUUCAUCACUCAAGGCGGCCUGCACUCAUCGCAAGAAGCUAUAGAUGCUGGAGUGCCUCUGAUCGGCAUUCCAAUGAUGUGGGACCAGUGGCUUAAUGUAGAUAGAUAUGUUAAAUUUAAUAUAGGACUUCAAUUAGAUAUAAAUACACUCAACGAAGAAACGACGAGAAAAGCUAUAGAAACAAUUCUAAACAACGAAAGCUAUAAAAAUAAUAUAUUGAAAUUCCGUAAUUUCUUAUAUGAUCAACCUCAAAAACCGUUGGAAAAGGCUAUUUGGUGGACGGAAUAUGUUUUAAAAUAUGGCGGAGAACAUUUGCGUACCCCAGCGGCAACAAUAGAAUGGUCAGAAUAUUACGAAAUUGAGAUAAUAAUUUCUAUUGCAUUGACGAUCUUGUGUGUUGUGUUUGCUAGUGUUUUUGUAGUAAAGAGAUUCAUAAGUUGAGGUGAUAACUUCAGCAUUUAAUUUCUAAUUACCAUUGACAAAAGAAAAAUAUAUGCGACAAAAAGCUUAAAAUGUAAUCGUAUUCUCAGUUCAAAUUGUAAUAUUGCUGUUAAAUUUGAAGUCAAAUCCAAUAAACUUUCAUAAAUUACUCUUUUAAAAUGUACUUAAUUAAAUAUUUCAACAUUUUUAAAAGUGGCAAAUAAUUCUGAUUACUUUUUUAUGGUUACUUUCUUCUAUUGGUGCUUUUCUUGUCAUUGCUUGAACUACGAUGGCUGGCUUAAAAUAAAAUUUUUAUUGUAACCCGUAAUAUAAAUUUAAAAAAAUCCUUAUUGCAUUAAAAAAGUUGUAUUUUACUUUACUGAGUAGAGUAAGAAUUUAUUUGUGUGUCUUCAAUAAAGUACAAAAGACUGUAGAAUUAAAAAAAAUAUCAGUGGUUUAGUUUUUAAUCUACUACGAGUGAAAACUUAUGCAAAAUAUUUUGUUAUGUAUAUAUAGAACUAUAGUUUUUAAUAAAUAAUUUAAAAUAUUUUUUUUACCUUUUUUCCCAUAUUUUUCCAAAUUAAUUCAAAUAAUAUUACAACAAAGAAAUUAAUGCGUUCAUUUUUCAAAUGUAAAGUAAGUGCACUAAAAUUUAUUCAAGUCACAAAAAUAUAUUAAUUAUGGAAUAUUAAUAUAUAUAUUUACGGAAAAAUU